ACCGGCGCGGUGCAGAGAUGUUCCCCGCAUUUCUGGCAGCAAACACGAGUGGUUUGGAAUCAUAAAUAUUGCAACGAAAUGCCUGCAUUACCUCUGCUGCACUGCAUUGUGGGAUGUUCCCCGGUUACUUUCACUUUUGGAGGGGAAGUGUUUGCUGUUUGAGGACACCGGCGGUCGCCCUGCUCCAGGCUCGGUCCCGGGGGGUUGGUUGCAAACGUCCCUCCUCUCACCAGGGCCAUGGAUGUAGAGGAAGGAAGUGGUCCUCACUGCAAGGACAGGAGCCCAGGUUCUGUGGGAGGUAGUCCAAGGAAGGUUGUUCCUGAUCAGCCAGCACUGCACAGAAAUGGGGACCGUCAGUACCAGAAACCCUCUUCAAACAACACCUUCAGGAGGGAGCCUCCAGCACUGGCCGCACCAGGCAACUUCAUGCAGAUAAAGUAUGCUGCUCUCGAGGUCAACGAGCAUGCUGAACAAGUUAUAACGCUCAGCUUGGCAAAUGUUCAGGAGCAGGAUCUGGGCUCUUCCAAUCCGGGAGAGGUUCCUGUGUCCAAUCAUGAACCUGCUCCUGCACAAUUCUCAGCUCCGGACAAACCAAGCGCCUCUCACAAGUACGCCACGACGCUCACCAAUCGACAGCGGGGUAACGAGCCCUCGUCCAUCCCGGCAAACCUGGACACUUUAUCAGUUCACCAACUAGCAGCACAGGGAGACCUGUCCCAACUCACAUCCUACCUUCAGCAAGGGAGUUCGCUUCUUAAUGUGCCGGACGAACGAGGUUUCACGCCACUGAUGUGGGCAGCAGCGUUCGGAGAGAUCGCUGUAGUGAGGUUUUUGCUGGAGAUGGGAGCUGACCCAAGGAUCCUGGCAAAGGAGCGGGAGAGCACACUGUCUCUGGCCAGCAUCCAGGGGUACACGGACAUCGUUCUGCUGCUCCUCGAACAUGGAGUGGACGUCAACAUUUACGACUGGAAUGGAGGCACUCCACUGCUGUACGCAGUCCACGGAAACCAUGUCCGCUGUGUGGAAGCUCUGCUGGCCAAGGGUGCUGAUUUAACAAUGGAAGCGGAUUCUGGUUACAGUCCCAUGGACUUGGCUGUGGCUCUGGGCUUCAAAAAAGUCCAACAAGUAAUUGAAAACCAUGUACUAAAGCUGCUUCGGAACAACAAAGAGUGAUCGCAGGACAAGCAAUGGAACCAGCCAAUACCCCAGGUGGCAGUAAAGAAAUACCAUCUCCCCCUUACUCCCACCCUGCAGCCUACCGGUGCCCUCCCAAGCCCCACCAUGGUUAAUCGAGCAGCUGCAGAUGUUUGGGGUCAACUGCAGCUUGUUGUAUGAAAUGGAAUCAACCAGCCUUGAGCCUACUAGGUUGCAAGAAACGUGCUAACGGUGCCUUGUGGAUGUUGGAACAGUUGGACUGUUAAUUGGUGGCAAGUGUCUGUUGUUUGGUGCUGCUCUGGGAGAGGGCUACCUACAGAUUUCUAACAUGUAAACAAGACAUUAAAGUUUAUUUUUUUUAAUAUGUGUUCCCCAGUUCUCUCUCUCUGACGCAUUUCUGGUAUCCAGCCAGAGAGUAGUAGGUUCAGGCACAUUUCCACAUGGACAGGUAAUUCUUAAAAGUUGUUUAAAAUGUUGCCAACUAGAUUCUAGCAAAGGGGAUUCCUGACCAAUGAGGUUUCAAUGUAUGGUUAAGGCAGCAUUUCUCCUUGUUCUUGGCUACCAGUGGUGAUGGGUCCCAGUCAAAGAAAGGCACUUCCAGUACUGCACCAAGCUGGCGUUCCACAUUGUGUCCACAUCCUUGAACCCCAUGUCCAUCUGAUUACAGUGAAAGUACUCCCAACUGGGCCAAACGCUGAAGCCCACAUACUGAUCACUGUGUGGCUUUGAAAAAUGGCAACUCUGACAGCAAUCCUACACCACUGGGAAUGUACAGGCAGCAGGAGGUGGAGGCAGUUUCCACAGCUCCCACCAUGGUCUUGAGGAUCUCACAAACCCCUUGCCCGAUUUAUAGGAUAAGGGUGUCUCUGAGAAAUCCAGUGUUUAAUGCUGGAGAAAGGAUCUAGGAAGAGUGGAUUGGGAUAAGUUUUUUCUGGCAAGGAUGUGCUCAGUAAGUUGAAGGCCUUCAAAGGAGAAAUUUUCAGAGUGCAGAAUUUGCAUGUUCCUGCCAGGAUUAAAGGCAAAGUUAACAAGCAUAGGGAACCUUGGUAUCAAGGGAUAUUGGCGAUCUGGUUAAAAAGAGAGAGGUAUAUAGCAGGUAUAGACAACUAGGAACAAAUGAGGUACUUGAAGAGUAUAGAAAAUGUAAGAAAAUACUAAAAAAGGAAAUCAGGAAGACAAAAAGACGACAUGAGGUUGCUUUGGCAGAUAAUGUGAAGGUAAACCCGAAGGGUUUCUACAAGUAUAUGAAGAGUAAAAGGAUAGUAAGGGACAAAAUUGGUCCCCUAGAAGAUCAGAGUGGUUGUCCAUGUGUGGAGCCUCAAGAGAUGGUGGAGAUCUUAAACAGUUUUUUUGCAUCAGUACUCAGGAAACUGGCACAGUGGAUAUGGAAGGAAGGGAAACAAGCAAUAGCGUCAUGGAACAUAUAGAGAUUAAAGAGGUGGAGGUACUUGCUGCCUUACAGUGGAUAAAGGUAGCUAAAUCCUCUGGGCCUGGUAUUUCCUUGGACCUUGAGAGAGACUAGUGUAGAAAUUGCAGGGGCCCUGGCAGAUGUAUUUAAAAUGUCCUUAGCCACGGGUGCAGUGCCAGAGGACUGGAGGAUAGCUCAUGUUGUUCCGUUGUUUAAAAAAGGAUCUAAAAGUAAACUGGGUAAUUAAAGGCCAGUGAGCCUGACAUCAGUAGUAGGUAAAUUAUUGGAAGAUGUUCUGAGCGAUCGGAUAUACAAGUAUUUGGACAGCCAAAGGCUGAUUAAGGAUAGUCAGCAUAGCUUUGUGUGUGGUAGAUCGUGUUUAACGAAUCUUGUAGAGUUUUUCAAGGAGGUUACCAAGAAAGUAGAUGAAGGAAAGGCUGUGGAUGUUGUCUACAUGGACUUUAGUAAGGCCUUUGACAAGGUCCCACAUGGGAGGUUAGUUCAGAAGAUUCAGACACUAGGUAUCCAUGGAGAGGUUGUAAACUGGAUUCGAAAUUGGCUGUGUGGGAGAAGACAGAGAGUGGUAGUGGAUUAUUGUUUCUCAGACUGGAGGCCUGUGAUUAGUGGUGUGCCUCAGGGAUCUGUGCUGGGUCCAUUGUU